CUAGGAUUAUAUUGUCCCACUUAUCAAUUUCUGUUCUCUCUCUCUAUACUUUCUCUCUCCGUCGUAGCGGUCGUCGACGGCGGCUCUUCUUCUUCCUCCUCUAUCCAUUUCAUGGAAAACGGACCGCCACAACCGUCAGGUAGUAUCCCACCCCCAAAACCCUGGGAACGAGCCGGGUCUUCUUCAGGCCCUGCUGUACCGUUUAAGCCCCCGUCUGCUGGUAGCACGAGUGACGUAGUAGAGGCAUCUGGAACAGCCAGGCCUGGUGAGAUUGUUUCAACUGCUAAUAGGAAUACAGCUGUUAAUAAUAGCACACUUGCAAGGCCUGUACCUACUCGACCUUGGGAGCAGCAGCAAACUUACGGUAGCUCAUACGGAGGUAUUAAUACAGGUAUGAAUUAUAAUUCUGGAUAUGGAACUGGAGCAGUUGGUUCUUAUGGUAGCGGCUAUGGAAGCACAUACGGAAGUGGUUUGUAUGGAAACAGUAUGUACAGAGGAGGUUAUGGUGGACUUGCAGGUGGUGGUAUGUACGGUGGAGGAAUGUACAAUAGUGGGUUUGGUGGCUCAAUGGGAGGCUAUGGCAUGGGUGGUAUGGGCGGUAUGGGUGGCAUGGGCAUGGGACCCUAUGGGGACCAAGAUCCAAAUAAUCCCUAUGGUGCUCCAUCUUCUCCACCAGGCUUCUGGGUCUCCUUCAUGCACGUGAUGCAAGGUGUUGUAACUUUCUUUGGCCGCGUUGCAAUGUUGAUAGACCAGAAUACCCAGGCAUUUCACAUGUUCAUGUCUGCACUCCUUCAGUUGUUUGAUCGCUCAGGGUUAUUAUAUGGAGAGCUGGCAAGAUUUGUACUGAGAUUGCUGGGGGUCAAAACAAAGCCCAAUAAAAUUCAGCCCCCGGGUGCUAAUCCUCCUCAUGGCCCUAAUGCACUUCCUGGUCCGCACCAACCUCGUGGUAAUCAGAACUUGAUCGAGGGGCCUAAGGCUGCUCCAGGUGCUGCAUGGAACGAUGUGUGGGGUGAUAAUGCACAGUGAUAUGUAGUUGUGACUUACAAAUGUCGCCUACCAUUGGAAGACAUUGACAACAGGUUGCAGUCUGUAUGAAAGCUACAGUAUAGAUUAGAGCUAUGCUGAUGUACUCGUAUGUAAAAGCCAAUCUACCUACCGUGCUAGAUCGGCCUGCUGCAUUUAAAUGAAGAAUAAUCUCUCUACUUCCCCCCCUCCCCCCUGCCAUAUUUGUGUGGGAUUGUAGGUUGUUAGAUCAAUGUGCACGUCAGGUUUGGAGACUAAUGAUGUCGUUCUAGAAAUGAUAUGGUAUGAUUUCUAUUGAUUGGUGAUACGAUGUUUCAUUCUUA